AUGACGAACAUGGCAACAGAGUCAGUUUCCUUCACAUCCCUCCCAAACCUCUUUACCACAGUGUCUGUAAAGAGCUUCAAAACACAUCGGUUGCUUAGGCACAGCGGCACAAUCACUAAGUGCCCAGUGCCGUCCCUGGUGAAACAAGCUGUGAAAAGGUACCGAGCGGUACCUCCCGCCCUGUCCAGAGCGGCCCUGCCCCCGCCGUUGCCCAGAGACAGCGACGUCCGCGCCCGGGCCGGGCCGAGCAUGGCGGAGCCCGCCGGGACCCCGGCCCCUUCCGGACCCCCGGCCCCCGCCGGGCCGGCCGGCCCGCAGGCUCCGCACGCCGCUUUCUUCGGGCCCGUGGCGCGGGGCAACCCGGUGGUGGACAGCUUCGAGGCCGAGCUGCGGCGCGUCCUGAGCUCCCUGCGGCGGCUGCGAGGCGCGGCGGAGCCCAAGCCGUCGCGGCACGACCUGCACCGCCACGGAGUAAAUACUUUGUUUAACAUUUGGAUCAAAUAUAAGCCACGACUACCGGAGUGGUAUUACAAUGAAAGACUUGUGAAAGUUGGUGAUGCCCUUGCUCAGAUCAAAGAAUAUAAGUUGGCACUUCUACAGUGCUAUGAAAGAUACCUUCAGCAGUUCGUUUCUGUAAACCUUGAUGAUGUCAUGGAUGAUGUGAACCACUUUAAAUCCACCUUUUUUCCAAAUGGUGUCAGAGACAAAAAGGCAGCACUUACGUUCCAUGCUUUGCAAGCAAGAAAUGUUUGCAUUUAUCAGAUGGUUUGCAGCAGAGACAGAAAUCUUCAGAAUCAAGAGUCCCUGCAGACUUGUCUCAAUGUCUUGACCUCAUUACGACUCACUAUGCAAGUGGCUCUACCUCAGGAGAAUUUGUGUUGGCUUAUCUACAAUGGUACUAUCCAUAUUUACACCAUAUGCAGACAUUUGAUGGUGAUGGGUCAGUCUGCUAAGGUCCUGGAAUACUUGCUGUGGGCCAGUAUAUGCAUGGAAUCGUCCAUUCCGCUCUUAUCUGUGCAUUAUUUGACGUGGAGAGCCACCCUAUAUACAGCAGUUUCUCAGUGUUAUUUUGAUUGUCAAGCUGACAUUCAUGGAGAGAUAUUUGCUCGGCGUGGUUUGAUUAAAAUUGACGAAGUGAAGCAAUUAGAAGACAUCAGUUCUCUGAAACAUACAGAGACAGCAAAGAUUUUUAGAGAGGCCACUCUAAAGAUGGCAGUAAUGAUUUUCAAGAGAGCAGUAUAUGUAUCCAGAGGAAAGUCGAGCAGUGUUCGACCUGAGCCAAAAGUUAACCCGAGAAAAGCAGUAAAUUUGUCAUGGCCUCGCACCACUACUGAGCGGCUACUGGUGGAAAUGUUUGAUGGUGCUGCAGCUCAGUUCCUUGCCAUCUUGGAAGCACUGUCUGAUAGAAAAAGGAAUCUGUUUCCCCCUCAUCCUCCUAUUCCUGAUGGAAGUGAAAUUUGUAGUGUCACUUCUGAGCUUUUUUCUGCAGGCCUAGAAAUCCUCUCAGGUGGAGAGACCAAUAGCACCAGUCAGUUUGGUAUAAUUAAUCCAUCAUCUACUCUUCUGCAGUUGAUGCUGACAGGAGAAAAAGGAGUGUCUGGAGAUGCUGCUGUGAAAUUUGUAAAAUUAGCUUUCAGCUAUGAAGAAUGGAACGUGUUUUAUUCUGCUCUUGAAUUUGUUGAUAAUUUUCUUCAGGCUCAAGAUGACCCAACAUGGAAGAAAGCUGAAAUAGAACUCAAACUUCUUACACUGAUUCAACCUUUAAUAUUCCCAGGAAAAUUUGAACGUAGUUUUUCUGCUACUGAUAAUAGCAAAAAAGCCCGCACACUUAAAGGUUCUGAAAAGACAGAGACCAUUAGAAAGGAAUCCUUAAAGCCUAGAGAUCCUUUCCAGGAUCUUAUGAUUUUGGCAACAACCGUGUUUUCCUGUGUCUCCACAUCUGACCAGAAUGUCCAUCCUGACAAAGAAAUACUUGUUAAUGUAGUAAUGUGCUUGUGGCAGAAAUGUAAAACAGAACUUCAGCAAAUCCAAAUGAGUGGAAGUGACUGCUUAGAAUAUAUCCACAAACACCAAGCUUACCAAUGGGUUCAUAUACUCUGGAUAAUGAAUGGAAUAAUUGAGAAGAGCAACAUAGCAGACUCUAAUGUGAUGUUUGCAGAGAUAACCUCAUGUCUAGCAGCAAUACUGGAAAACGUAGCUGAAUCUACAAGUGAAUCUAGGGAAAAAGGAGGAGGAAGUGCUUCUCUUUCACAAGACGAAACCUGUGAUCAGCCUGAAAUACUGAUGAAAACACCUACAGAACAGCUACAAAUUGCUUAUGAAAUUCUUGAAAAAGCAAUUAAUGACAUGAACACAUCUCGGUUAAUGACCCUUUUACCAGAUGGAAAGUCGAUAUUUGACAACUGCUGUACAAAGGUGUAUUCAAAUGAUCGGAGUUUGAAUUCUGUUUUGGGAUGUGGUGAUAGUAAAACGGGAGCAGAUAGUGGUUUUGUAACAGAUUUACACUUGGAACUCAUUCAGGCCCAACAUCGAGUUGCAGUGAAACUUCUUAAAAUUACACAAGGUGCUCAAGUUGUUCACAGAAGUCUUAAGUCUAGUAAGUCUCAUGAGAAGAAUAUUGAAGAUUUCCAAAAUUUAUCAGAGGAACUUAUAAUGAAAAAAAUUAAAAGGAAUAAGCUAUCCAAAGCAAUCUUUUUGAUGCAAAAGGCUGCACAAAAGUUCCCUGAAGACUUAACUACUGCUUCCCAAAGGCAGCUACUGGAGGAAGCACUGACUUUAAUUGAGGAAGUUGAAGCUGAGCAAAGUGCAUUGUAUCGCAGCCUCAAAGAAGCUAUGAGCAGCAAGAAAAAAAGCAGGACUCCUCCUCCUCCUAUGUUACUUUCCAGAUCACAUUGCUCCAUGACAUUUAAACCAGCCCCGUUUGAUUCAGAUAUUCAGGUUUCUUGGUACUGUAUUUUGGGCUGUGUGGCAGGAGGAAGUAAUAUGAAAGUAAGGUUAAAUAGCAAUAAACUUCAAAAUUCAGGAGAACAGAUACCGGCGAAUGGGAAAAUUCUCUUAGAAGUACAAGGGUUAGAUGCCAAUGAGAAAUACAUAUUUGCCGUCGCAGCAUAUUCUUCAGAUGGAAAACUUAUUGGGGAUGCCGUUGGGCAAAUGACUAAGCCAAUCCUUGCCUACCCACCCCUUUCUGCUACUACUGUUCGAGCAUAUCUAACUCAGGUAGCCUAUCAGACGGGCAACUUUAGAUUAGCCAGAGCAGCAUUUUCACCCAUGUGGGAUUACUUUGUUUCAGAUUCUCCUCCACUACCUCCCAAUGCAGCUAUUUCUGCAAGUAGUAAUUUGACUGUAUCUGAAAAAAGGUUACGUUUUGAAGCUGUGUCUCAGACUUCUCCUAUUACCUUGCACCUCUUUUUGAGGAAUAUAUUUGCUGUUUCUGACAUAAAUGUCAUGGAAGGAGCACUCUUCUGUGAUUCCAUCUGUUCCAAUGAGAUAUUUUAUAAGGAGCAAGUUGCUAGAUUAGCAGAAUGUGAAAGAAUGAUUGUGGCAAUUGAACUUAGCAACUGGUUGAACGAUGCGAGUUACACCCUGCAGUCUGUUGUACAAUGUUAUGGCCUCCUUGCCCCGCUUAUUUAUCAUAAGAUUUUUUCAGUGCCAGUAGUUCAGAUCCUCAUUAAAAGCUUGGCUAUUCUCCAAGAAAUUCCAAGUGCUACUUUGCAAAGGAGACAGGAAGGAUGUUAUGAGAGUAUUCAGCAUAUGAUAACUUGUACUUCAUAUCAUACAGCAAAGGCACUGCAUUUGUGGAAAGAGUAUGAACUUGCAGUAAUUAUCAUCAACUAUGGGAAAAAAUUGUUGAUCUCACCAGCAGUUUCAUCCAGCCUGUCAGGAGAUGUGAAAACUGAACAAACACGCUCUGGAAGAGAGAAAUAUUCCUCAAGGACAUCCCAUUUAGCUGCAAUGGCAAAAGCAGCAGAAAAUCUGACUAGUCUUGAAUCAAGUCUCCUCAAACUGACAGAACCAGGUACUGGAACACAGCUUACAGGAAAGGAAGGUCCUUUGUUCCUCUACCCUGUAAUUUCAUGUUGGACUUCAGAGCGUGCCUAUAAAGAAGUGCUUAAAUUCAGAGGGCAAACACGCUUCCUUGAGUUCUUUGUUCAACUUUUGCGGAAAGUCCUGAACGAAGAGAAGUUUCAAUGUGUUUUGGAGUGGGCAGAUGGAGUGGAAGAUUACAUGAAAAGGAGGAAUGAGAACUUCUUUGGUACUGAUGGAAUUGCAACGCAAGCAAGAUCUCUCACUCAGGGAGAAAGCACACAUGCUGCAGAUGUUCAGAAAGGAAAGGACACCUUACUUUCAACGAAACCAAAGGCACCACCUUCGAAGAAACCUACACAAAAAGCUGUGCCUAAGAAAGGACCUCUUAGAGAGUAUUUAAUGAAAAAUCCAGAUGCAAUGAAUUCUCCAGAAACAGAAAAGAAAGGCAAGGAUAAGGAUAAGUUGAAGAAAUUAGCUCUUCAAACCUUAGUGAUGCUGCUGACUAAAUACAUAACCCGAAGUAAGUUUUGUCAAAUGUGUCUUGAAGAGAUGCCCUGGAAGUCUCAGAUGAAUAUCUAUCUGGCAGUUGCACACUACCAUUUAUUUAAAAAGAAACUGGAAGAGCAAUAUAAUAUUGGAAUUAGGGGUUCACAGCAUCUGGACAGUUACAAUAUUUUGGAUCCUGAGAUAUUCUCAUUAAACAAUUCUGGCACUGUACUGUCAAGAGAAGCUGUAGAGGAUAACAUAGGAAAACCAACUCCUCCUCUCCUUGAAAAGGCAGAAGUGACUGAAACCCAAACCUCAGUUAAAUCUCCUAAGAAAAGAAAUAAACAGAGUCAAACUUCUCGAAGUCGAUCAGCAAAGACCUCAGAGCAGGACUCGUUGCUGAAGCAUUUUACAAGCAUCUUCUUGCAUUUGAAAAGAGCAGUGGUUCUUGCUCACCGUGGUGGCCACUGGACAUUGCUUCAAAAUGCUUGUCGAGAACUUUGGAAUUAUACUCAAGAAUUUCAAUUGAUUGCUAACCAGUCACAUUCCCGUACGGAUGCAUUUCCCAUCACCUGGGAUUUUCUUUGGAACACCAUCUGGUUGCCAUUUUAUUUUGCAUCAGACAUGAUGAUUGAUAUGAUAAUUGACCUACAAGCAAGCAGUUCUCUUAAGAUUGUGGAUCCUGAAGGAGACUUUUGCAUUCCCAGUUGUUUAGGAGGUAUUGCGGAUGAGAAUGGUGGUUCUAAUCUUCAUCCCCAGCCUCCCCUGGAUGAUGUGAAUGUGGUUGACCUGAGAUGGAUAUGUAAUCUGAUUCUUAAAACAAUAGAAAUGUUAUAUCAAAUGAAGAAGUGGGAAGCACUGGUACACAUAGCUGUACAAUUUAACAUAUUUACGCAUGAGAGGUUCACAGAACAAGUGAGUCCACUGCUGGUGUAUGCUCAGAGGCAGCUGCUGGAAAGGAUACAGCAGUUCAGUGGCCCAGACAGCCAUGAAUCUCAUUUCACAAAAUAUCUGUCUGAUGAUGCACAGAAGAUGAGCUGCAGAAACUACAUAGGGUACAAAUUGCAGCUGCCUGUUGCUCGUUCUGCCAGUGAAGGAGUUUUUCCUGGAUGCUCUUUCAAUCCUGAGACAAACAAUGAUUCUGCAGAUAACAAUCAAGCAAAAGCCCUAGUUUGUGUGCCUCUUGAUGUGAAUGAUACACUGAAAUGUUUUAGAGAAAGUCUAGAAAAAUCGAAAUAUCAAAGCAGAGCAUUGAGACACAGCAGGAAACUACUUUCAUUAUUUCUUGCACACACACAAGAAAAUGCUGGAAGAGCAAUCAGCAGUCAUAUCUCUUCAAGCAGAAAACUGAAAUUUAACGUGGGAGAUGAAGUGAUAUUUCCACUGACACCAUGUGACCUUUCUAAAGAAAAAUUUAAGGUCUCCAGUAUGGUUGAGAGUAGACAAAUACCGAAGUCACAGCUUUCAGUAAUUAUCUCUUCCUAUGAACAAACAAUAGGAAUCCUUGAAAUGAAUAAACAGACAGAUCUCAAGGUACAGGCUCUACAUGAACUUGGAAAUCUUCACUUUUAUUCUGGAAAUAAAAGAGCUGCUUUUAAAUAUUGGUGUCAAGCCCUUGAUGAAACACUCAACAUUGCUGAUGCUCUUAACACCUGGGAAGAGUUAAUUUUUCCAAAAGAUGCUACAGACUGCUUUGCAAUUGGAAGAUCAACUGAAAUGAGUCAGAAAUUUCUUUCUCAGGCUGGAGCUUGGGGAUGUUUACAUGCAGCAGUCUUAGUGGCUAAGAUAGCUCAGUAUAUAACAACAUCACAGAUGAGAUUAAGAACAAAAUACUGCUAUUUUUCUGCGCUACUUUUUAAGACCCUGUUUAGAGCUUCUCUUCCACAUCCAACAUCUGACUAUGACUUUGUACAAUAUGAAACAAAUAUUCUCAUUCCUGGUAUUGACCUGUUCUCUGAUCGCUACAGAGCUGAUAUGUCUACUGUAGUUGCAAGUCUGAAUUUCAUUAUGUCUGAAUUACAUUGUGCAAAACAAAAUUUAAUAAUUUUACCUCUGUUCACAUUAUACCAAUAUAUUGUAUCUGAGAUUUGUAAGGACCCGGCUAAAUGUAUUGAAGGAAGAAUACUCAAGAUUAAAGUACUUGCAGAUAUAGGAUUUUUUACGGAGGCCUUUCAUGAACUGUUUUUGCUUAUUUUGGGAGAGAGAAUUCCAUGGAAAAUACCAGCGGGAUACAAAUAUACCGAACAAAUGCAGGCCUUACAGAAAUUUGAUUCUUCAAAACCUCUCUUGACUGUUCCAAAUUUGAAGGUACUGGAAGAUACAUUUAAUUGGAGUCUGUCUUUAACAGUGGUGCCACUGUGCACCCAACAAAUUAUGAAUAAAUUAACUUUAGCCAAAAUGCAUCUCAUCAUUUGUCUUUCUGCCACAAUAAAUAAUAUACCUGAAAAAGUUGAAAAAGCUGUAUAUUCUGUUGACAACAUCAGCUUGCCAGAGCCAAACAAAACUACAGCAUCAACCUUAAAAGUUGAUGCUGAUCAGAAUUUAAGACAACAGGAACAAAGAGACAGAAUGGUGAAUCUUGUUGACUGUAAAGAUGAACUAAAUAUAGCCAUGCUGAAGGGGAUUUUGUUGACAGAAGCUGAAGAAAGUCUUAGCUAUCUUCUACAGGACAUACAGGAAAAAUAUGAUGGGGACAUAUCUCGGUAUUCUGUGGAAGAUUUAGAGGCUAUUAUUGAGGCCAAACUUGAACUUGCUUGUAUUUCUCAGCAAAGGUAUCAUGCAGCUCUCAGUAUUGCUUUGGCUUUCUCUGCAAUUCGACUCCUCCAAGAUGCAAAAGUUUUUAGCAUGGACGUGGCACAUUUUCAAGAAGAAAAGGAUGAAAGGGAGUACUUGGGGUCCACCACUGAAGGUGUUCAGCUCCCUCCCCACAUAACAGCACAAGGGCACGCGAAUGCACGUUUGUGGCUGAGGUGUCGAGCAACACUAGUGACUGCACUCGUGACACAGAUACAUGGUUUUGGUGGUAUGAAAGGAAGUGCUGUGGUGGAACGCAGACAAGUGAUAAAAGAAGUUAUAUUAGAGGCAGAAGCCUUUGGUGAUAUUGAGACUCAGGCUGAAGUGAUGGUGCAAGCUGCUAUUCUUGACCUGCGAGAAAAACGUCCUGUGGCAGACAUUAAACUUCUUCUGGAGAAAAUCAUCAGUUUACUCCAAGAGGAUUCAUUUAUUUCCCUGCCAGCUUCUUUGACUCUUGUGAGAAGUGUGCUUCUGCUGACAGACAUACUGCCACUGAAAAUACGAGAGGAUUCAGAGCAUUGCUCUUUGGCAGUGGAACCAUUAAACUUGCUUAUUUUGUCUCAUGAGCUUACCAUUAAAGCAAUUUUUGAUUGUGGUGAACUAAUUGAACGGCAAAUAGAAGACAGUACAUUGACUUGCCUGGUCUUACCCAUGAAGAAUAUCUACCUUCCACAUAUUAACUUGCUAGCCCAAGUCAAAAUGAAAAUUGGAUAUACGUUAGCUGAAAAACUGGCUUCUACACCUGCAAGAAAUCACGUGCAAUGGCAACGUGUUCUCAGGCAUUUAGAAUCAGCAUUAAAUCUUUGCAGAGCAUCUGCAACAAAAAAAUUAGAUAUGGAAGCUGAAAUUCUUUUUCAGAUAGGUAAGACAGAACGCCAGAUAACUGAAACAGGCAGUAACAAGUCAUCUCAAGCUGUUGAAACCCUGUUGGAAGCUAUUAAGCUCACCCAGCAAUAUGAUCAAAAAUAUGAGUUAAUAAAACAGUCAUACCUUGAAAUAGCACUAUCAUAUUUGUAUUUUGCCAAAGAUAACGAGGAUGUAUCAGAGACAGAUGAGUUGGUGCCUUCCAAAUCAAGUAGCUCUUCUGGAGAACGGUCUUCUGAGGAGGCUAUAAAAUCAGAAGUUUACCAAGUACAAGCCUGGGUUGCAAUAAGAGCAGCUGCACAGGUCAGUGACGCUGUGCAUGCUUCUCAGCUGUUAAUUGGAAUAAAGAGUGUUAAGGAAUGGAACAUGAAGGAUGAAGUGCAACAGAAAAUCCCAGAAUUUGCUUAUAUGGAUCUUUUUUCUUCGUACAGAGAUUUCCUAUCUGAUGGGUACAAUGUUGUGCCUGAAACUCCUGAAGUAUCUUCUACUGAAAACAAACAAAUCACAGAAGACCAUCAGAGUGAAAGUGAAGAAAUAGAAAGUCUUAUCACCAAGGCCAGCCUGAAGAAAGAUACAAUAACAUGGGUUGACAUGAUUCGCUACCACAAUCAUUUAAAAAGAAUUUAUAACACAACUCUAUCUGCACCUGGAUCACUUUUUGAAAGACAUGGACACGUUGGUUUGAUUUCUGACACAGGAAUUGUUCUACGCAUAGCAGAAAUGCAUUCCUUCCUUGAAAAGAAUUUGUUUGAAUAUUCAGUGUGUUGUUUUGAGAAUUUUCCAAUAGAACUACAUGAUGCAGAAGAACCACUCAGUAGUCAAACUGAUUCUUCAGAGAUGUCUCUUGAAUUUUCAGACAUUACAUCAGUAGUGUCACAUGUGAGAACAACUUCUCCAGUUUCUGUCAUUGCAGAAGAAUAUGAGCGGGCAGAAAGUAAGGCAGCAAGAGCUCCAGAUAAGGAAAUCAGCGUUCAGUGGUAUAUUCCUUCUGUGGCAAAGCCAUCAAAAGAUACAGAAACUAAGGUUUUGUUGCUUUAUGCUUAUAAUACAAACCCUGUCAGGACUGGUGACAUCGCAAUUUUUAGUACGUCUGUGUUUUCAGGCUGCUUGUGGAUUCCUUUGGCUAGAAUUAUUUCUUUAAGGGAGAAACUGUCUGAUCUGAAGGAGCAACUUGAAAUAUUGAUGCAAAGUUCUAAGAACUUUUCAACUUCAGUACCUUCAAGCUUUCUUGAGCAAAGUGAAACUUUGAAAACAAGUUAUUCAAAUAAACCCAAAAUGGGUGAUGCGAAAGUGCAUCUUGAUAAAAAAACAGAAGAAAUUGCUAAAAGGUGUUUAUCUGAAGUCAAAGCACUGCUAUCUGUUGGUCCAGCCCUGUCCUCUCCAUUAACUGAGAUCCCAUUUGAAGUUACUUUGCAAUCAAUAACAAGUUUGGAAGACAUGUUUGAUGUUGUCAAUGGAUGCAUAAUAACUGAAGAAAAUCUUUUAGAUUGGAUCAUUUCUCUACUUCACUAAAUGCUAUUUUGCAGUAACUUAAUCAGUUAUUAGCUGAAUGCUACAGAGUUAGACUUUAGUUCUAGUGUUAAUGGAACAACUUCAUUAAUCACACCAGGAUUUGGCUCAUGUUAUGUUUUAUAAUUUUCACUUUUAGCUUAUUUCUAAUUAUUUAAGCAUUAAUAGUUUUAAAAAUUGAAAUAAUAUUUAGGAAUUUAAUAUUUUAUAAGUAGUUUCUUUAUAAGAGGGUUUUCUAGCUUUUCAAUAAUUUCUUAUUGUUUAGAAAAGCUGAAUAGUUUUGUAGCCUUCUAGCUCCUGCUAAUAGAUAUUUCUUUUUUUUCCCUGAAGUUGUAUUCUCAUCAGCAAUUUUUAAAUUGCUUUUGCAAUUACCAAAAGUUGGUAUUAUUUCUGAAGUUGAGAAUUAGGGGCUAAAAUCAUCACUGAAUUUGUUUUUUUAUUCAUCUGUUUGGAAACUAGCAUUUCAGGUUGUUGAAGGUUGCAAGUGAUAGUUCAGAUGUCUUCAUAAUUUCAUAGCAUUUAAAAAAAUAAAACUCCCACAACAAAUAAACAACUCGCCCCAACAAGGCAGUACAAAGAAUAAAAUGGUACAGUACAGAAUAUGUUUUAUAUCAUUCUAAAAAGCUAAGGGAACCAUUCUGAAUGUUGCUCUAAAUAUUAUUUUAAAGUGCUCAUGAAACACAAAUGAGUCCUAACAAAAGCCACCUGAAGCUAUAUGCUUCAACAUAUUCUCCAUCUCAGUGGGUGGAGCACCUCAAAUGCUCCAGUGAUUGAGAUGGAGAAUUUGACAUGAACAAGUGAGUUAGCCAAGCAGAGAGAGGCCAUGGCCCUUUGGUUUUGCUCACAUUCCAAAGCCAGGCACUCCUUUGCUAUUUACAUUGAUUCGUUUGCAACAAACAGCAAAAAACCCAGGAAAUUUGGCAGGAGUUCUGUGAAACUUGUCCUAUAGUUAUGGUUUUGUAUUUCCAGGAAAAUUCAGCAUUAAGGGUUACCAUUCUGGGGUUCAUUUCCUCUGAAAAAUGUCAGUCCCUUUCACUUCAGUACAGGUAUUCCCUGUACUGUAGCCCAGUGGUAAAUAAUAAAGUUUUUCAAGCUA